AUGUCAAAAGUAACUAAAUUAAAAGCAACUCAAAAUGUUGCAUCUAAACGUAAUUUAAAUAAAAAUAAUACAAACGAAGACAAUGAUUCAAAGCCAAUUAUUACAAUUGAAGAUAAAACUGAUGAAAAAUCUAUUGAUAAAGUACAAAUAAAAAAAGGAAAAAAACGAACUGCCUCUACUUCACCAGUCAAAAAAGUAAAAAAAACUGAAUCAAUUGAAGAAGAUCAUAAUAUAGAAAAUAUUGAAGAACAUAAGAAUGAAAUCAAACCAAAACCUUCAAUGACAUUAAAAACAUCAGAUCGUUUAUCAUGUAAAGGUGAAAAAGCAGCAUUAAAAUUAGUAUCAUGGAAUAUAAAUGGAAUUCGUGCAUGGUUAACUAAUCAUGGUUUAAAAUAUAUUGAACAAGAACAACCUGAUAUAAUUUGUUUUCAAGAAUUAAAAUGUGAUAAAGAUAAAAUUCCAAGUGAAGCAACACCUAUUGGUUAUAAAUCUUUUUGGCUUUCUGGUGAUCAAGCUGGUUAUUCUGGUGUUGGUCUUUUAACAAAAAUUGAUCCAAUUGAUGUUAAAUAUGGUAUUGAUAUUGCUGAACAUGAUAAUGAAGGACGUAUUAUAACAGCUGAAUAUGAUAAAUUUUAUCUUGUUGUAUCAUAUAUACCUAAUAGUGGUCGUAAACUUGUACGUUUAGCUUAUCGACAAAAAUUUAAUCAAGUAUUUCAUACAUAUUUAAAAGAACUUGAUAAGAAAAAACCAGUGAUAUGGUGUGGUGAUUUGAAUGUUUCACAUCAAAGUAUUGAUUUAGCAAAUCCAAAAACGAAUACAAAAACUGCUGGUUUUACAAAAGAAGAACGAGAUGAUUUUUCAAAAAUUCUUGCUGAUGGAUUUAUUGAUUCAUUUCGUUAUCUAUAUCCUGAUAAACGUGAUGUUUAUACCUAUUGGGCUUAUUUUCGAAAUGCUCGUCAACGAAAUAUUGGUUGGCGAUUAGAUUAUUUUAUAUUAUCAUCAAAUCUUCAAGAAUAUUUAUGUGAUAUUAUUAUUCAAAAUAAUGUUUAUGGGUCAGAUCAUUGUCCAAUAGUUUUAUUAUUGGCUGUAUAA